GGGGUUGGUCUGCAGGCUUCGGAGGCGUCUGCUCACCACUCGAGGCUUUCGGAAGCCUCCUCCUCGCUGUUGCACCGAAGGAAGGAUGCGCGACUUCAGAGCAGCGGCCCUUAGGAGGAGUGACAACGGCAAGACAGAGAGUAGGCACGUCCCGCCACGGAGCCUGGCUCCAGCAGAGCGCACGCGUUCAGCCGUCCAAUUAACAUUUAGGGGCGGGGCCAGGCCGGCUGGUGGGGCCGGGAGAUAGGUGGAGCUAUCCCAUUAUCCAAUGGGAUGCAGGCAGAGGCGGGCUUAGUGGCAGAAGGAGCAUGGCGUGGAGACAGCUGAGGAAGCGGGCCCUGGAUGCAGCCAUCAUCCUUGGGGGUGGAGGACUUCUCUUCACCUCUUACCUGACAGCCACGGGGGACGACCAUUUCUAUGCUGAGUACCUGAUGCCAGCUCUGCAGAGGCUGCUCGAUCCAGAGUCAGCCCACCGACUUGCUGUUCGAGUCACCUCCCUGGGGCUCCUUCCUCGAGCUACAUUCCAGGACUCUGACAUGCUGGAAGUGAGAGUCCUGGGCCGUAAAUUCCGAAAUCCAGUAGGGAUUGCUGCAGGAUUUGACAAGCACGGGGAAGCUGUGGAUGGACUGUAUAAGCUGGGCUUUGGUUUCGUUGAGGUGGGAAGUGUGACUCCCCAGCCUCAGGAAGGAAACCCCAGGCCCCGAGUAUUCCGUCUCCCCGAGGACCAAGCUGUCAUUAACAGGUAUGGAUUCAACAGCCAUGGACUCUCAGUGGUGGAACACAGGCUACGGGCCAGACAGCAGAAGCAGACCCAGCUCACCGCAGAUGGGCUGCCUCUGGGAAUAAACCUGGGGAAGAAUAAGACUUCAGUGGAUGCUGCUGCAGACUAUGUACAGGGUGUUCGCAUCCUGGGCCCCUUGGCCGACUACCUGGUGGUAAACGUGUCCAGUCCCAACACUGCUGGCCUGAGGAGCCUACAGGGAAAGACUGAGCUGCGCCGCCUGCUGUCCAAGGUGCUGCAGGAGAGGGACGCCUUGAAGGGACCUCAGAAGCCAGCGGUGCUGGUGAAGAUCGCCCCUGACCUCACAGCCCAGGACAAGAAGGACAUCGCCGGCGUGGCCAGAGAGCUUGGCAUCGACGGACUGAUCAUCACAAACACCACAGUGAGUCGCCCUGUUGGCCUCCAGGGUGCUCUGCGCUCUGAGACAGGGGGACUGAGUGGGAAGCCACUCCGAGAUCUGUCGACCCAGACCAUCCGGGAGAUGUACGCCCUCACCCAAGGCAGGAUUCCCAUCAUUGGGGUUGGUGGUGUGAGCAGCGGACAGGACGCCUUGGAGAAGAUCCAGGCGGGGGCCUCCCUGGUGCAGCUGUACACGGCCCUCACCUUCCUGGGGCCGCCAGUCGUGGCCAGGGUCAAGCGUGAGCUGGAGGCCCUUCUCAAAGAACGGGGUUUUAACACAGUGACAGACGCCAUCGGAGCAGAUCACCGCAGAGCUGCAGUGGACACCCUCGUCCAGGCUCCCGGACCCUGCUUGGGAGUGAAGUGGAGUUAAGUGGUACUGGUGUUGAGAACUGUCAUGCUGGUCAGCCCUGGUGAGUCACACUUGGAGAAAGUCAGCCGGCUAACCCAUUGACUUCCCUGAUGACCUGCUUCUUGGGUGGGUUCUGUGCCAGCUACUUUUUUGUCCAGUUGCCCGUGAAGACUUGAACAGGAGAACAUGCUGUCCACACAGAAAAGUGGGAGGAGAUGGACAGGCUGUGUAGCAGUCUGGGUAUCUAAUCUGGAGAGCUCAUCGGAUCACUGGUGGUGACAUCAUGGGCCGCACGACAGGGCUAUCAAGUGGAGAGCUCAUCGGAUCACUGGUGGUAACAUCGUGGGCCGCACGACAGGGCUAUCAAGUGUGAGCUCUUUGGGCUCUGCUCUGAGUGGAGACGGCGGUCAGCCAGAAGCUCUGCUGGAAGAGGACCCUGCCCUCUAGCUCUGGGCCUUCCGCCCAGCCUUCUGACUUGGUUAGAGAAGGGCAUCUCUACUUUGUACAAUAUGAGCUGGUGGAGCUAAGAUCACUGCAACUGGCUAUGGGCCAGAUGCAGAUUCCCGUCUAGGUCCACUGGAAAAGGAGCUAAUGGGUACAUCUGAAGGGCUCACCCAGCUGGGGCAGGAGGUCCCCAGCUGACUCACUGUGUCACUGAGGUGGGAGAAGUGGCAGUGACCGGGCCUGGGAAGAGUUACUUCAGGUCACUGCAGCUCGGUUCCUCCUUCAGGACUGCUUUGGGUUAAAGGUACCUGAGCAACUUUUAAAAGAUGCCCACAAUGUGCCAGGUUAAUAUUAUGUUCUUAUCAGCUAUGGACAGCUGUAGAGUUUGUGUGCCUCAGUUUCCAAAUGUGUAAGAAGGGGGUAAGGACAGUACCUAUCUCAAUUGUGGAGUCCUUAGAACAUCGCUCGUUACAUCCCAAACUAACGCUCUUUAGCUGCUAUUUCUAAUAUUACCCAUCAUAAAAGUUUUGUAUUGGUAUGCCAGGGGGCAGGCAAGGCUUUUAAGGGAUGAAAUAACUUCUCAAAGCACAAGUCCAGAAGAGGCAGGCCCCAGGUUAAAAGUGUGACGACCAGAGCUGAUCCUUGGGACCUAGGUUAAGAAACCAGCUGGGCGUCGUGUGUGCGUUGGAGCUCCUGGAGCUGAGGCAGCGGGGACAAGCAGGUCUCCCCGGGGCUCACUGACCACCCAGACUAGCCUACCGUUCCAGGUCAGUGUGAGACUGCCUCAAAAUAAGAAGAGCAGAUAGUGCCGGAGGAACGACAUCCAAAGCUGUCCUCUGGCCCCCACAUACAUUCAAAGGACAUGAGCACACAUGCACACUAGAGAGAAGAAUUUCUGACCAAGUCUUACUUAAAACUUAUUUUUGUUUUCUGCAGUACUUGGGAUCACCCCCAGGGCCUUGAGCAUGCUAGGCAAGUGUUCUGCUACUGAGUUACAAGCCUGGUUCUACCAGUGCUUAAAAACAAACAAUCGAAAGGUACGUCCUCGCCUGAUGGGGGAGGCGGUUGCUGGCCUCCAGCCAGAGCUUUCUUCAAAGCCUGGUGGUAGCGUCUUUACAAUACUGUGUCUGGCUUCUCCAGAGUGGCAGUCUACAAGGUUUUGCUUACGUUAUAGGACUCAGGCUUGGCAGUUAAACCGUUGCUAAGCCACAUUCACUGUGGGGUUGACAGUUUUCGCCCUAAAUAAUAGUAUGCACAAUUAAAUAUAAAGGACAGAUAUACUUUUAGGAAAGUUCAUGGCUCUUUAUCUGAAAUUCUCAUUUAACUGGGCAUCUCAUAUUCUACCUGGCAGUUGUAGUUAAAAUCAAGCCACUUAAUCUAAUCCACCGUUCAAGGGAGGGGAAUUAGUUACCAUAUGCACAUAGGUUCUUGUAUAGCCAAGGCUGACUUAACACUUUUUUAUGAAGCCCAGGCUGGCACUGAGGUUACAUCCUCCGACCUACCCCUCAAGGGCUGAGGUGACAGUCAUGUGCCACCACACCCAGCUCUAGGUUCUACUGGUGAACGGACAUUAAAAAGUUGGUGGUUGGGGCUGGUGAGAUGGCUCAGUGGAUAAGAACACUGACUGCUCUUCUGAAGGU